AUGCGGCUCAACAUGAACUGGGAUUUAGCAGAAGAGAUUGGGAAGCCGAUGAGAGUGAUGACCCUGAAGUUUCUUCAGCUGUGGGAAAUGGAGCUGUGUACUUGGUCUCUCUGCAUUUUCCAUCCUAAUUGGCAAUCUGUUGUGUUGAUUGUGAUUUCUUCCCGUCUACCAAAUCUUGAUGGACGCAGUUACAUGGUACCUGUGCAAGUGAAAGGUAGCAGUUACUUUCAGCUUCACAAUCAGCUCAAAUAUAUGCCUGCCUUUAUGGAUCCUCAAGAAUCUGAUUUCAUUGAAGUAACUGAUCCCUUUAUGAACAAGAGCCAGGGCAGUGAGAAACAGAUUUCAGUGGAUCCAAUCUCCUUGAAAGAACCAAAUGAACUUACAAUCCCUUAUUCAAAACCCAAAACUCUCAAUAUUCCUAAGAAAAUCUCCAGCUUCAGCUUGCCAAAUUCAACAACCUCAUCUCCUGAUUUUUCGAAGAAAAACCAUAUCAGUCAACUACCAUCUCCUUUGUCAUCAUCAACAAAUCAUUUGGCUCGUCAACACUCCGUGGCUCUAACAAACCUUGAACGGUUAAGAGAAAUCCAAUUACGGAGGAGCAAGUCGUGUGGUGAAGGCAGAGCUAGUGCCCCACCUGAAGAAUUCGAUAUUUGGUUCACCCCUAAUAGUACCAUUCAACAAGUACCAGAAGACAACAAUAAGUACUUGAUCAAUAACAAUAGCUUUUCCCCUGAAUCAGAAAUUAGCAUCAGAAAUGAUGAAAUUUAUGAGAAAAAAACGUUUCAGGACGAGCAAAAGUUUAAAUGUGGAGCGUUGUGUUUGUUCAUUCCAGGAUUUGGAAAGGGAAUCAAACAUGUAAAAUCAGGGAGAAGGCAAGUAAGUGGUGUUUCAUCGUCCGAUAUAGGACCACAUGUUGUUUCAAGGACAGUUUCAUUGGAGAAAUUCGAAUGUGGGUCGUGGACAUCAUCGGCAGCUAUAAUCAACGACGUUGGAGAUGCAGCCUCCAACAACAUGUUUUUCGAUCUGCCAUUGGAGCUCAUCCGGUGCAGUAAUGUGAACGACGACACGUUUUCCCCUGUUACGACUGGGUUUGUUUUCGAUAAGGAAGUGAAAGGGGUACUCAAAAAUACAUCAACAAUAACCACUUCUUCGAGGAAAUCACAUGAAUCGACCCGACAUGUUCGGUUUUCUACGUCGUCCCCGACAUCGUACCCGCCAUCACCUACGUCCUGCAUAACACCACGAAUGCUUACAUCUAGAGAAGAUUUCACUACAUUUCUAGAAGCUCAGAGUGCAUGAUAUUGUCGGA